GUUUUAAUUAAAAACAAAACGAAUUAACUGAGAUCAAUCAACAAAAGGAGUAAAGCGGGUUGCUAUGGCAACAAUGUUUUGUUGUCAAUGACAACCAAGGUAGCGUUCGGACCUGACAGGUUUCAAAUUUAGCUUGUAUGCUAGUUAGCUUGUUUCAUUUGCAUUCAACUUUUAGAAGACCCAAACUUGACGUUGCUUGUGUGGCGUAGUGAAACAAUGGACUCGAAUUCGCUGUGCUAUUCCCUGGACUUCGUAGCCAGCAGUGGACGUGUUUUAACUGGCGAGCAGAGAGCCGCCCUGCAGACGUCCCUGCUGAUCCUGAAGAAAAACUACAAGUUCCAUCGGGUCAUGUUAUGGGGCAAAAUACUGGGAAUAAAGCAGGACUACUUCAUAGCUCAAGGGAGAGGUGAAGAUGAACUAAAAGAUCAAAAGUAUCUGUAUAGCUUGAACUGCAUGGAUUGGCUCCUUCUUCCUACUGUCACCGAGUCUAUGAUUGAAGAAGUGUCCAAAGCUGCUAAAGGUCUUUUCAUUGGAGACCCCUCUUUUGUGUAUGAACAAAAAAUCCAAAGUCAGGGAGAGGGAGAGGAGGCUGUGGACGGGAAUGAGCUGGUCAGGGUGAGCGAGGAGAAGAGGCUGGCAGUGACUGUUCACCACAUUGAUGAAGACGUGUCUGUGGUACCCCGAGGCGCCUUCAUCAGGAGUCCACUUGGCCUUGUCCACAUCAACCGCAGCUUUGAUGGUCUUUCUGAGUCAGAAGCGCGGAAGCUUGACAGUUUUCUACACUUCCGUGCAGCGAAGAAAGGAAACAACACAUCCAUCGAAGAGACGGGCGAAUGGAGCCCAGCCAUAGACUUCCUGGAUGUCCUUAGCGACGACACACCUAAAGGAUCGUGGAGUCUUCAGUUUGAGUGUGCCAGCAGAGUGUGCGUGCUCCGCAGCCUCCUGUGGCUUGGACUCACUUUCUACCAUGUGCCAAUGACGCCACAACAUGGAUACAUCUACAUCGGUAAUGGGCUGAAAAACCUGGACCUCCCCUUCAUGCUGUAAAGGGAACGUGGCGUUUCCUUCUGCUGCGUUUUUCUCUCUGAAUUGAGUUCUCUUGUCUUAAAAGUAACUAAAAAUCAGUUAACAAUGAGCCUUUCUUUCUGUUCUCUUUCAACAACAACAAAAAAAAAAAAGCUAUUGUAACA